AUGCCAUUUGCGCCGCGUCUGCUCGGCCUCACGCUGUGGGCGGCCACACACGCCGUCGAGGUGGUGGCGCAGAACACAACGACCCCCUGCUCAGUCGACGGCCUCAGUGGUCUUCUUGGCCAGGAUGACAGCGCCCAAGUGUUGAUGGCCAACACCGUCAGCAACAACGGGACAUUCGGCGAGGCAGGAAAUGUUGCAUAUCCCAAGUACGCGACCCACCUUCCCUCCCUCUGCGUCGCGACAGUCAACGUCACCUCUUCGCCAACAUCAUCCUAUACCUUUGGUAUCUUCUUGCCAGACAAGUGGAAUAAGCGUUUCCUCGCCGUUGGCAAUGGAGGCUUCUCCGGAGGCAUCAACUGGUAUGACAUGGGCACCGGCGUCAAGUACGGCUUUGCAACCAUCUCGACGUCAACCGGUCACAACUCGACAAGUCAAGACAUGAGUUGGGCUCUAAACAAUCCCGAAACGAAAGCCGACUGGGCUGGCCGUAGUCUGCACGGCUCGACGGUCCUGGCCAAGAAGAUUGUGGAGGGGUACUACGGGAAUGCGGCAAACAAGUCCUACUACUCGGGCUGCUCGACUGGAGGAAGGCAGGGCGUCAAGUCGGCGCAGGCCCACCCAGAAGACUUUGACGGCAUCCUCGCUGGCGCGCCGGCUUGGAAGUCGACGAGCCAACAAUUGUGGCAGCUCAAGGUCGGCGCCAUCAAUCUGCCGGAAGACGGGCCGGGCUAUCUCCCAACUUCCAUGUUCGAGGUGAUUAGCGAUGAGGUCCUCCGCCAGUGCGACGGCUCAGAUGGUGUUGCUGACGGGGUCAUCAUGGAUCCUAGACAUUGCAAUUUCCGACCCGAGAAGUUGCUCUGUACAUCAAGCUCGACUAACCUGUCGGCCUGUCUGACGGCGCCGCAAGUCGCGACGCUUAAGCAGCUCUACCUGCCCUUAGUCCAGCUGGAUGCGAAUGUCAACAACCUGACGUAUAUCUACCCCAACUUCGGACUGGGGUCCGAAUUCCAGAUGCCAUCUUCAUUCGGUUCCAACAACGAGCCUAGUCUGUACGGAACCGACUACGCCAAGAACUAUCUGUUUGACGACCUGAACUGGGACUGGACAGCCAGCUUCAACUACUCCACGUUUGUCGAGGCGGCAAGGCUCAACCCGGGGAACGUCAACGCGGACAACUUCAACUUGUCGGAGUUCCGAGGUCGAGGCGGCAAGUUAAUUACAUAUCACGGCUACGCCGAUGGACUCAUCCCCACGGAUGUCAGCCGGGUGCUCUACGAUGAGACCUGGAUGGCGAUGGCGGAGCAGGGCGUGGACCUGGACGAGUUCUACCGUCUUUUCUUCGUGCCGGGCAUGCAACACUGCUCGGGAAGCGUUUACGACGCGCCGUGGUACUUUGGCGGCAGUGGACAUGCGUCAAACCUGGAGACGAACGGGCAACAUGCUUUCCCUGUUCCAGGACUGGACGACACCCAGCAUGAUGCUUUGCUUGCGCUGGUUGCCUGGGUGGAGGGCGGCUCAGGAGUGAACGAGCUUGUUGCGACCAAAUAUACCAACGAUAUCGUCAGCAACGGCAUCUUGAGGCAACGGCCGAUCUGCAAGUAUCCUGGAUAUGCAACGUGGGACGGCAAGGGGGAUCGGCCAUCGCAGAUCCGGCGCAUGUUGCAGGAUGAGGACAUGCCUGUUGACGAUGCGCCUGAAGACGAAGGCCAGGGAGCUCCGCGUCAAACAUAUAACUUUGCGCCGGGAUACCAUGGCGUCGUCUACCGGGCCGACGUCCCGGAUCGCGGCGCAGGUCAUCGCCGCGACCACGCAGCCAAGAGCCAGAAUCAACCGCCGGCACAGGCUUCCAUGAGCCAAUCCCACCCAGAACGUGAUUCCGUAAAGUACAAGAUGCAGUCAAUGCAAUGGGGUCUGAUUCCGUUCUGGACCAAACGCGACCCCGGCUACUCUCAGCUCUCAAAGACGAUCAACUGCCGUGACGAUUCACUGAGCACACCCGGUGGCAUGUGGGCAACCAUGAAGGCGGGAAAGAGGUGCAUAGUUGUGGCGCAGGGGUUCUACGAGUGGCUCAAAAAUGGCAAGGAGAAGCUCCCCCAUUUCGUGAAGAGGAAGGACGGCCAGCUCAUGUGCUUCGCUGGACUGUGGGAUUGUGUGAAAUACGAGGAUUCUGACGAGAAGCGCUACACAUACACCAUCAUCACGACUGAUUCGAACAAGCAGCUCAAGUUCCUUCAUGACCGAAUGCCGGUCAUUCUCGAUCCCGGAUCGGAAGAGAUCAAGACAUGGCUGGACCCCCAAAGGCACGAGUGGUCAAAGGAACUGCAGGACCUCCUGAAACCCUUCAGCGGCGAGCUCGAAUGCUACCCGGUCACCAAGGACGUGGGCAAGGUUGGCAACAACUCGCCAUCCUUCAUCAUCCCCGUCGCGAGCAAGGAGAACAAAUCCAACAUUGCGAACUUCUUCGCCAACGCGUCGGCCAAGCAAAAGCCGCAGGCCUCCAAGGUUGAACCCACCAUUGCAGUCAAAGUAGAGCCAGAGCAGUCACAAGACGGUGAAUCGCAGCCGGUUCCUGAGUUGAUUGCCAAAGCGGCGGAUGACACAGAAAACCGGGAAGAGGUUGGCGUCAAGCGGGAGGCUCCUGCUGCGGAUGAAGACGAUGAGCCGCCACAGAAGAUCCACUCCAAGGGGCCGACGACGAAAUCAAGGCAGAGCCGCAUCAGCGCGACGAGUAACGGCAGCAAGAGCCCUGUGAAGGCCAAGGACGGAACUCAAAAGAUUACCAAGUUCUUCGCAAACAGUGCUUGA